UAUUGGGGGCCACUCCAUAGAUAGAUGGAUGGAUGGAAAGUAACUACAUUGUUUUGUGUGUGUGUGUGUAUAUACAUAUAUACUGUAUGUUUUUGCAUUCUGUGAGAUUAGAAGUGCCCACUUCCAGGCACGCCAAUGUUAGGCGAGGCCUAUUUUGUGAACAUUUGACUGAGCUACGUCAGUGACGCUAAGGCACUGUGUAGGAAGCACUGUGAUUGGACACUUGCUGCUCUUUAUGCAUGGAAACUCUCAUUUAAACUCGACUAUAUGGCAUAAUUUCCCCAGUAGGAAGUAGGAAGGGUGGAAGUUAAAAUGAAGAGAAUGGCUCCCAGCUUCCUCCUCCUCAUGGGCCUUUUCAAGGUAGCCCUCUGUGUCUUAUUUGGGAAACAUGUUCUUGUAGAGAGAAAAAUGAAUUGGUUUGAAGCCAGAGACUAUUGUAGACAACAUUUCACCGAUAUCAGCUCAGUUCACACCACGGAGGAUUUCAACGCAAUCACCAGCGCCACAAAUGAUAUGCAUGUCGUAUGGAUUGGUCUCUACAAAAGUGCCAAUGAUAUCUGGAAGUGGUCAGGAGGGGAAUCUGCAUCGGUCGUCAAUACAUCCGUUGAUGAUAGCAAAGUGAAAGGUAACAGUUGCGUGUCACACGACAAACACGGCUGGCAUGCACAGGACUGUAAUAAGGAUGCAUUUGAUUUCUCCUGUUUUGAAAGUAGUCUUAAAUUGGUGAAAGAAAAGAAAACAUGGGAGGAGGCGAUGCAAAACUGUCGCCAACAGGACAGUGAGCUGAUCAGCGUAACCUCAGAACCUACUCUGAUCCGUGCUCUGCAGACAAGCAGGGGAGUACGGAUGGAGCACCUGUGGAUCAGCCUGCGUCACCUAGCAGGCAGCUGGCUGUGGGUGGACAGGAACAGGAACAGUUAUGAGGCCGGCGUUGACGUGGCGAUGCCCAACUGCCCUGACGCCGGUAGUCACUGUGGGGCCCUAUCACUGAGGAGUGGCUACUUAGUGAACUUGGAUUGCACAAAGAAAUUCUACUUUCUGUGUUACUAAAGUCAUGAAGUGUUUGUGUAGUGUGUACUCUUGUACUUAGUGAAUAUGUGGUGUUUUGUUAUAGUUUUCAAAGUCAGUUAAGUAUGAGGUCAAUGUAGGAAAUAGACAUUAUUCUAGAAACUGGACCGUGCUUCUCUACUCAAGGCAUUCAAAUCAAAUUAGAUCUGAAUUAUUGUAAUGUAGUUCUGACUGAGCUCUUAAUGCUUUGUAUUAUUUCUAUAUACAACAUUCCUUUACAAUUAAACUCUAUAAUCACAGCUCAAAUGUUGGAUGAUCUCAAUUCACAAUAUGCAAUCUUCUGGGAUGCCGCUGUUUGAAAUCAUUUCUCCGUUGCGUUUGCCCACAAAAACAAACUUGACAAUGCUCUUAUCAACUACAAUAGUCAAUUAUUUUUAUACAGAAGUUAUAAAAACGAUUUGAUAGUAUACUCACAUAAAACCAAGCAAGCAAA